AUGCUUGAGCAACCAAAACUACUUCGUAGGCCUCUGCCUCCAAAGCUGCUACCUGAACUGCCUAUGCCAAGGGAGAACACCUAUAAACACAGGAUUCCUGGAAAAGACCGACCUGGAGUGAUAAGAAGCACAAAUGAGGAAGACAGUAAUAUUUUUUCCAGUAGUUAUUUCAGUGGUCAAACACAAGUCCAGCCCAAAGAUGCACACGUCCUUCUUGAUCAAAAUCUAAAAAAGGAGUUGACUCUUACUGCUCCUUAUUUUUGUACACCUGCUGGCUGCCCAUCGCAGAAAGAUGGUAGAUCCUCUGACAUGGAGGUUCUAGCUCCCCCCGAGGAGAGUGACUCUGUUUAUUGGUCUUUACCAGACAUUGCUGCUGCAGCAAGCACAACUGACAAGGAUAGAAUUACUCUUUCUGGCUAUUAUUCAAGCAGUCGAACAUCAGUCCAACUCAAAGUCCAAAAUCUUUUUCCUGAUCAAAUUCUUAAAAAAGAUAUUAUUAUAGCUCCAACUCCUAGUGGUCCCUCCAGCUUCCCAUUACACAAACGUCGUAAAUCCUUUCGCAUGCAGCUUCUUGGUUUACCGAAGGAUGAGCCUGCUUAUUUUACUUUACCAGAGUUUACUUUUGGGAGCUUAGCUGCAGUGUCCUCUUCUCACCCAUCACCUGUGAUGGCAACCUUUAGCAAGCCAGUUGUUUCUCGCUGUAACUAUCAAAAACUCAGUACCCAGUUGACCAAUAAAGUGAGAAAGAGCAUACAGACUGAAGUUAACACAACGGUAUUGUCCAAUAAUGAGGAGUUCCCAGUAAUUUCACAAAGAAAGCCUGAGAGACAGAGUAUCAUAGAAAUGGCUUUGGAGGAGAAAAUGAGAAAAUCUAACUCAUUGGAACAGAUUUUAGAAGAAGGUGACGAAGGAAAAGGAUCUUUUAUGGACAAUAUAAAGCUGUACACUCAUGGACAGAGCAAAAAAGAGUCUUAUUCAGAACCUGAUCGUACCCUUGAUGAUGAUACUAUAAAGGGUAUCCAGGGAUUUGGGUACCAGAAUUUGUUAAAUGAGCAGGAUGAACAAGAACAACUGAUGGCCAGGGCCAGAAUGGCAGUUUUAUAUUGCAUAAUGCAUAGCAGAACUGAACUUAAUCUUAAGGCCUAUUUCCUGACUCUCCUUCCAGACCUUACACCUUUAGUCGACACUUUGGUGUAUCUUAACCUGUCAUUCAAUGACUUACACUUCUUUCCCAGGGAGGUAUGUACCAUCAAGCACUCAAAAGUUAGGAAAUUCCAGAAUUAAAAGAUAAGGGAAAUUGGUGAUGCAGUUGCAAAGUUAGAGCUAUACAGACUGCAGACCUUUUCUUUCUCCUUCUUAUCUGACACAGCCAUUCCAUCAGUGCUGUUUUUAUUACCAUAUCUUAGUUAUCUGGAUGUUUCCUUCAAUGAUAUUAGCGUUAUCCCUCAUGAAAUCAGGAAUCUCAGGGCACUGGAAUGUCUGAAUGUUGAAGGAAAUCAGCUUUGUGCUUUGCCUUGUGAGGUUUUGAAACUUCCCCUGAAACUCCUUUACACAGAAAAUAAUUUAAUGCAUCCCUUCUUAUGGAAAGAGAACAGCCAGAACCAACCACAAAGACUUACUGAUCUGGCUGCCCUUUGCUUCUCCAGAAACAACAUGUGGCAAAGAUAUACUGAGAUCUCAAAGGAUAUUCAAGAAAUAUUAAACACCUGUAGAGUCUGUGACUGCUGCAAAGGACCCUUGUAUGGUCAAGGACUUCGUCUCAUUCGAUCUUGCAGGAACAUAUUUAGAUUCCGCAGACUUCCUUUUCUCUUUAAUGCCUGCUCACCAUCCUGUUACAGCAGCUUCAUGUCUCAGACUGACUCUUUGACUCGAAUGCUUUAUGGAAAUUGAUCUGGGUUGCAGCAGAGAAACCGAUGAUAUAAUGCAGUUAAGAAAUAUGAGGUCUUGUAGGUCAUGUUGUACAAGAAAAUAGCUUGUGAUACUGGAAUGUUUAGGAUCACUUUCUCUGUGCAAUUAUCAUAUACUCCUUAAGCUGCU